UGGUUGGGGUGGUGUUCCCAUGUUAGGAUAUACCUGUGAUGAAUUGUUGAGUGGUGCUGAAAAAAGUCCAAGACAUUCUCGGAUUUCGGUUGGUUGUGUUCAAAUCAACAUUCUCGAAGAAGAACGUCAUCGCACAACAGUCGUCAGAAACGAUGAAACGUUAUUCUAGGGCACUGACGACUAAGAGAAGUGUUGUGUUUACUGAAAAUACUUCAAAAUAAGGGUAGUAUACUUUAUAGCAGUGCAAAAGGACAGUAUGAAAACUAUUCACUCGAGAAAUUCAAAUUGUUUCUUUGUGUGACAGACGUAUUCCUUUUGCAUGACUAUUCGGUACCCGGUGGUAUCUAAACAAACGUCACAGAACAGCCUUAAAAGGCACGCAACGAAUACAAGACAAACUGCUGUACAUGCAAGUCCAGGAUAUACGUCCGUUGUCUGGUGUUACAGCGUUGUUUGUCAACGAUAUUAUUAGUGGGAUAUUACAGUAUAGCACGAUCCAACUGGUGUUAUCUCUACUGACAAUCAGCCAUGUUACGCCAUCAUCAAGGAUUGAUGAAUACAUGUACCCCUUUGUACCCUGUCAAUGAAGCACAUGUAUGGUGACAGCUAUACCUGCGAUUUGUUUUUCCGGGUAAACGCCAAGAGGUAUAGCUUCCUGCUAGGCACCAACAAUAAGAUACAGUUACAAUAACAUAGAAAACUGUGGUCAUCCGCAUGAUUUAUAGUAUUGUUCCUUACAGAGUACGAUCCUGUGACAGCUCCAUAUGAACUUAAACCUUUUACUGGUAGAUUUGCCUCUAUCACGGAAGUCGGACAUCAAAGUGCAUAUCGAUAGUUCCGUGUUUCCCAAUGUAAUACAUGCACUCUGGUCGUCGGGAGAGGUUGAUAUCGUGUUAUAUCACACGGCUGAGACAGCCAAUGGAGGCUUCUGUAGACGUUCGAGGAAGUUAUUGUAAUUGGAAGCGGAAAUCAUAUAAUCAAACAGCGCUAUUACUUUUAUUGUCCUUUGAUAGCUGCGUGGUAUGAUUGUUCGUUUAACAGCAGUUGUACUUGAACAGGUGCUUUCUCUUAUUAUCGAUCCCCACCAAUCGGCAAUACGAAGUCUUGGUUUGCUAAGGGAUUGGAGGAUUUCGAGUGGGCCCUUUUCACGUUAACAUGAUGGAGACAUUUACUCCAGGAACAAUGCAGAUGUCAUUGACAAGCAGAUGGUCUGUUGUGUAGUAAUAAUCUCUGAUAAGGUCAACGUACAAAUAUUGUACUCCACUUAUUGAUGGUAUGGCUGUAAUCCGGGACAUUAGAUAAGAAAUAUUGACUAUAAUGACUAUGAGUUAUUCACGCCAUCUUCGGAGACCAAGAGACCAGAGGGUACACUGUUCGUCCUCUGGUGGCAGAUCGUCAUCAAAGUCUAAGGCUGUGACAUUUGAAAAUGAUAUUGGACGUGACCUUGAAACAUGGCGCCUACUGUGGCAGAAACUUCUUCAGCAAAGGCGUAUGCAGAAGAUGGUGGACACCGUCAUGGAGUCGCAACGCUUCUACGAAGACUACGCCCGCCAGAGAGACAAGGAAGCGGAGGAAUACAGAGAAAAAGACCCACCUCCAAUAUUCAACAAACGUCUGUUUGUCUCCUCCGGAAAUGUCGUCAUCACGAACGAAGCGAGAAAAAUAAUGUCACGUAAUGGACGCGCAAGACCAAACUGCGAACCGGAACAGCUCACGAAAUCAGAUUUAAUGGUCAUGCGCAGUGUGGUAGAAGGUUUAAAACUCGUACACAAAGGUCACGACUAUGUCAAGGACGCAUUGAGCCACGUGAUAACGUUUGAAACGUAUGGGGCGUUUCAGUACAUCGUGAAGCGACCAUACGAGGAUUGUUUGUCGUGCUAUUACAUUCUCCAGGGAGGUGUGGAAGUGACGUAUGACAUGAAAAUGGCGGAGACACGGAGUGUUUACCAGCCCAACAUCAUCUACAAUCAUGGUACGGGUGAGUUCCUUGGUUUGGUGUCGCCCGAAGGACUGAGCGAGGAUAUGUCACCUCCCGCUACUGUCUAUACGAAGGAGAGGUGCGAGUUUCUCAGGAUAGACAGACAAAAGUUUCAUUCCAUUGUGGAGAAGUACUCAGACUUGUAUGAUGAAGAAAAACGAGAAUUCAUGUCACGUGGUCACUGUGUCCUAUCGCGCAUGCCCGAAGAAUCGAAAGAAAAGAUACUGGAUAAGAUUUACCGGCAGGACUUCGCACCUAAUCGUCAAGUCAUAGCACAAGGGGAAUCGUCGGAUUUCAUCUUCUUCGUGUAUUCUGGUCGGUGUCAGCUAUAUAAAGAGGUGUACGUCCCGGAAGCUGGUCAGAAGUCAAAUUUCCUUUUAAAAUCUUGUGAAGAAGGGAGUUUCUUCGGCGAAGAGUGCAUCCUCGAUAAGACAGGGAGUUACUGCACCGCUACAACAGCCUCGCAUACCGCCAUCUUCAAGGUACACAAGUCAGCGUUUGAAAUAGUCAGCAAAGAUCAUCUUCAUAAUCUCAUAGAACAACAUCGUAACGACUACCCCGACGAGCACGAUCUGCGUGAACGUGGCUACACUAUACAUACAUGGAAUGACUUCAAACACAAGGCUGUCAGACAGUGUCUGGAAGAACGGGGGCAUUUGAAGUACAUGUACGCACGCGACCCGCGCAUUGUGCGCACAAGACCACCGACAGCAUGUGAGAGGAACAAAGAAAACAUGUAUCGGUUCAUGGCGAAAGGUGGACGAUACGAACCAAUGCGCGUGCGUGAAAUCACAUCUCACCCUACUUCCGGUUCCUCCUCACGUGCAUCUUCCCGCCCUCGCACUGCCAUCGGCCUUCGCUACAACACACCCCUCUCCAACCGAAGCGUGGACGCACGAGAUAAGGAACUGAUAGAUGACGACCCUGACACUGUGGACAACGUGCGACUGAGUGGCUCCAUCACGCAGAUGCCAUCUGACAUGGCACGUGUACUCGCAAAGCAUGUAGGGAAGCAAAUGUCAAAAGACCAGAUUCAGCAGAUACUGCGGGAAGGAGACUGUGGAGUGCUACUGAAAUUACUGGAUGAGAGCAGUGAAGUGGGGAGACAACUCCGUAUGGCCAUAGAAGCACCUUCGGGAAAAGAGGGAUUUACAAAGACGACCGUUUUGAUGACAAUGAAGACGGAUGACAUUGUGAGGAAGGCGAAAGAGCUGGCCGAAAGCAAGGGCGAUAACCCCAGACAUGAAAUAGAAGAUGGCGGCCAAGAAUGGAACACUGUCCUCCAUGAAGAAAACAAACACGCUAAAGCCCAGAUAGCAGCAGACCGGUUCCGAGUCGCGCAUCUCUCACGGAAGAUGAAAGCCCUUACCAAGAGACGGAGGCUCUCAAACAGAAGCUUGCGCCCCAGCAGACGACAGAACCGCCGCCAGAGAAGCCACCCAAGACGUUCAUCCUGGACAAGAUACAACAGGAUUACCAGGGCCUCCAUCCAGAGGAAGCCAAGAAGAAGACCGAAACAAUUGGAUUGACCGCCCUUUUCCUGGCCCGGAACCUCUCUAGGAGACACCGCCAAUCUUCCGACACAAGUUUACUGAAAGCUUCCGGCGAGCGUAGGAACGAGGCUGUUGAAACGCUUGCAAAGCACGACAGCAAACGACCAGUGAGCGCCCCAACAUCUAUUUCCCUGACAGGGCACACGGCAGUGCGUGAUCUCCGGAUCAAAUCGAAACCAGACACUGACUUAGCAAAGGGGAGACAGUCCGGACUGACACGUGAUCAGCUCAAACCACCAAUGGUGGUCCGAAAAACCAAAACAGAACAAACAAGAAUGGCACCACGUUCUGCGCAGCUCGGACCGAGACAGUUCCUGUCCUAGCACGAUUAAACCCGGAUGAAGAACAAUUCUUGGCUGUAUUACUGCCAUUUCACCUCCAUUGACGCCACUUUCUGAGCGGAAGAUGUAAUGUUAAUACCUUAAUUCUUCCCUUCCACAACAUCGUCAUUAGGUCAUUACACCCUGUCCAGUCAGAUUCACUGAAUUCAGAUUCAAUUAGGCAGCCCCAACUGAAAUUCACAAAGUCACAUCUUCAAGAUGAAAUCAUCCGGGACUUGUCAAGUGUGUGUUAAAACGAGGCGAUUGUACACUGAAAUGAAUGUGGCAAUCCCAGUCUUUUUGAGGAGACCAACCCUCCUUUAAAGAUCAAACCGCCAUCGGGACUUUAGUGGCGUGUGUGGUCUCGUAACAGUCUGCAGUUAUCUCAUCUUGGAUUCCACAAACUCCAUCAACCAAUCAGGAGCAACCUUUACAUUGAUGCCGGGGGCGAAAUCUUCGUGUCAGUCGGACGAUAAACGACAGAGUUGAUUAAAAUUUCUCAUCAUAAUAUUUAAUAAAAAGCAAAGUAUGGAGACAAAUGUGUCAUGGAGUGUGGUAAGUGUUUACCAUGUGGAGGUAUUCAAACCUGGACUGUUCAAGGUCAAGUCAAAUAUUGUUGAUGGUAUCACUUGCGAAAAUAAACGAUCAUAAUAUCAGAAACUGUUUUAACAAAUGUAGUGAUUCUUUACAUAGAUAUUUGUUACCAUAUUGGAGCUCUAAAGAUAGGGGGCGGCCUAGUGGUCAAAGUGUUCGUUCACGCCGAAGAGUGGCGGUUUGAUUCCCCAUAUAGGGAAGUCUACUUCUGGUGCCGCCCGCCAUGAUAUUGCAGGUAUAUUGCUAAAGGUGGUCUAAAAUCCAAGUCACUCUCAAGUUCAUAUCCAUAUUUGCUAUUGUCUGACGAACAACCAUUUUACAAUAUUCGAACAAUAGACACA